AUGGGGGACCUGAAGCCAUUCGCAGGGAAGGUCAUCAUAAUCACGGGCGCUGCUCGCGGCAUUGGCCUGGCGACGGCCCGGUACCUCGCCGCGCGGGGCGCGACAAUCUCGUUGGCCGACAUACUGAAACCGGAACUAGAGAAAGCAACGGCAGACAUCGCUAAGGACUUCCAUGGCACCAGCGUACUGCAUGCGAUUGUGGAUGUGAGAAGGAGGGAGGCUGUGGAUAGUUGGAUAAAGAAUACUAAGGAGUCGUUCGGUAGGAUCGAUGGCUGCGUCAAUAAUGCUGGCAUUAGCGGCACAGCAAAAGCCGUCGCGGAACUCACAAACGAGGAAUGGCAGCAGACGCUCGACACUAACCUGACGGGAGUGUUUAACUGCCUCCGUGCUGAGAUCCCCGCCAUGGAGGAUUCUGGCAGCGUUGUUAAUAUAUCAAGCACGUUCGGUCUUCAUGGCGCGGCAACGCUAGCACCAUACGUCACGUCCAAACACGGCGUUCUGGGCCUGACGAAGUGUGCGGCUAAGGAGGUCGCAUCGAGGGGUAUUCGAGUUAAUGCUAUUUGCCCUGGUGCCGUUGAUACGCCCAUGAUUCACGAGGCUAUCGACAAGAUCAAGUCUGUGAACCUGGAGCCCGAAAAUCUCCCUCAGCUGUUCAAGAGGUACAGCAAGCCCCAGGAAAUUGCAGCCCUCAUUGCGUAUCUGCUGGGUGACGAGAGCGGAUUCACGACCAGUUCCGUAUAUUCCAUAGAUGGUGGCUGGUCGGCUUGA